CAUCAUUCGCCUUUGGCGAUCCGCAUCGUGUUGGUCGGGUUCAUCUUAUCGUAGCAGUUUGUCGCACUACACGUAAUCGAGCCGAGUAAAUCGCCGUCAUGUCAAUUCCAAACAGCGAUCAUGAAAAGAGAAAGCAGAUUUCGGUGCGUGGCAUCGUUGACGUUGAGAACGUUGGGAACUUUAAGAAGACCUUUAACAGGCAUCUUCACUACACCCUAGUGAAGGAUCGUAAUGUCGCCACAAGUCGCGAUUAUUUCUUCGCCUUGGCCCACAGUGUCAAGGACAAUCUCGUAUCACGAUGGAUUCGCACCCAGCAGCAUUAUUACGAGAAAGAUCCUAAGAGAGUAUAUUAUUUAUCUUUGGAAUAUUAUAUGGGAAGAUCGCUGCAAAACACAAUGAUCAAUUUAGGGAUACAAGGAGCAUGCGACGAAGCUAUGUAUCAGAUGGGUUUGGAUAUAGAAGAAUUGGAAGAACUUGAAGAAGACGCCGGACUCGGUAACGGAGGACUAGGUCGUCUAGCUGCCUGCUUUUUAGAUAGUAUGGCCACAUUAGGUUUAGCCGCUUAUGGAUACGGUAUACGUUAUGAAUAUGGUAUAUUCGCACAGAAAAUAAAAAACGGUGAGCAAAUAGAGGAGCCCGACGAUUGGCUUAGAUAUGGCAAUCCUUGGGAAAAAGCUCGGCCAGAAUUUAUGUUGCCGGUGAACUUUUAUGGCCAUGUGAUUGACACUUCCGAGGGCAAGAAGUGGGUGAAUACGCAGGUUAUUUUUGCCAUGCCGUAUGAUAGUCCAAUUCCUGGCUACAAAAAUAAUGUUGUUAACACAUUGAGGCUGUGGUCCGCAAAAUCGCCUAUAGAAUUUAAUUUGAAGUUUUUUAACGAUGGUGACUAUAUACAGGCGGUGAUUGAUCGUAAUCUGGCAGAAAAUAUUUCUAGAGUUCUUUAUCCCAACGAUAAUUUCUUUGAAGGCAAAGAACUCAGAUUGAAACAGGAAUACUUUAUGGUAGCUGCUACUCUGCAAGACAUCAUCCGAAGAUAUAAAGCUAGUAAAUUCGGCUCAAGGGAGCAUCAUAGAACUGAUUUUAAAGCUUUCCCUGAUAAAGUAGCUAUUCAACUCAACGACACGCAUCCGUCCCUAGCUAUUCCCGAGCUGAUGAGAAUCCUUAUCGAUGUUGAAAGACUGUCUUGGGAGGAGGCUUGGGACAUUACGACACGUACAUGCGCCUAUACAAAUCAUACGGUUCUUCCCGAAGCAUUAGAAAGAUGGCCCACUCAUAUGUUGGAGAGUAUUCUUCCAAGGCAUUUGCAGAUCAUUUAUGAGAUAAAUCACUUGCAUCUUCAAAAUGUCGCAGCUAAAUGGCCUGGCAAUAUGGACCGUAUUCGUCAAAUGUCCUUGGUAGAAGAGGAAGGUGAAAAGAGAGUCAAUAUGGCUCAUCUGUCAAUCGUUGGUAGUCAUGCCAUAAACGGAGUUGCUCGUAUUCAUUCAGAAAUUCUCAAAGACAGUGUCUUCCGAGCCUUUUAUGAACUGACACCGGAGAAAUUUCAAAACAAGACAAACGGUAUCACGCCGAGAAGAUGGUUGCUACUUUGUAAUCCAAAUCUGUCCGAUAUAAUUGAAGAAAAAAUCGGUAGUGAAUGGACAGUUCAUCUAGAACAAUUGGAGCAAUUGAAGAAGUGGGCGAAGGAUCCGGUAUUCCAACGUAACGUUGUUAAAGUCAAACAGGAAAAUAAAUUGCGACUAGCUCAAACAUUAGAGAAAGAAUAUGGCGUUCGGGUUAAUCCGGCAUCUAUCUUUGAUAUCCAGGUGAAGCGUAUACACGAGUACAAACGACAAUUAUUGAAUUGUUUACACGUCAUCACUUUAUACAAUCGAAUAAAAAAAGAUCCGUCUGCUCAUUUUGUUCCGAGAACCGUGAUGAUAGGUGGUAAAGCAGCGCCAGGUUAUCAUCUGGCGAAGAAGAUCAUUAAACUUAUCUGCAGCGUUGCUAACGUUAUCAAUAAUGAUCCGAUCGUCGGCGAUAAGCUCAAGUUAAUCUUCCUUGAAAAUUAUCGCGUGACUCUGGCCGAAAAGAUCAUACCAGCCGCGGAUUUGAGCGAGCAAAUUUCGACUGCUGGCACCGAGGCGUCUGGCACUGGCAAUAUGAAAUUUAUGCUGAACGGCGCAUUGACCAUUGGUACUUUAGAUGGAGCAAAUGUAGAAAUGGCGGAAGAGAUGGGUAAUGAAAACAUCUUCAUUUUUGGUAUGACAGUGGUGGAAGUAGAGGCUCUACAAAAAAAAGGUUAUAAUGCGUACGAUUAUUAUAACAAAUUACCGGAAGCUAAACAAUGUAUCGAUCAAAUCCAAGGAGGAUUCUUCAGCCCAAAUAACCCUGAUGAAUUCCGAGAUAUCGCUGAUGUAUUGCUUAAGUGGGAUAGAUUCCUACUCCUAGCUGAUUAUGAAAGCUAUAUAAACAUGCAGGAUCGUGUUAGCAAAGUCUAUCAGGACGAGAACAAGUGGGUAGAAAUGGCUAUCCAUAACAUAGCAUCGUCGGGAAAAUUCUCAUCAGAUCGUACAAUAGCGGAGUACGCGCGCGAGAUUUGGGGUGUUGAACCGAACUGGCAGAAACUCCCGGAUCCACACGAUCCUCGUGAUAUUUAAAUAAAUUCGCCACUAUUUUUUCAUAAAGUAUCUCGAUAUUGUCUAUCUUCUUUCAUAACUAAUAAUAUCCUCCUGUCGUAAACGAUAAUGUUUAGGACAUUAAUGCCAAAAUAAUCAUAAUUGCACAAAAAAAUAGUAGGAAUUAUUAUUUGCAAGUAUACAGAAUGUUUCAAAAUUCGCGAGUUAUAAAUUCGCAAAAUACCACAGU